UCCCGUGGGGGUGUUCGCUUUGGGUUCUCUGCUUGCUUGAUCAGAGAUCACCAUACAUCCUGAGUAUACAUACAUACAUGCAUAUAUAUAUAUAUAUAAUGUUGGAAGGGAGGGUAAAUAACUAUCUGAUAGCUAAAUUUAUUGGAAAGAUUGGAGGGUUUCGUUCCGUUCUUGUGGAAAAUAUUAAUGGAGGGCGUGGAAUUGCUUGAUAAGAUUGUUGUUGUCUUGGGUUGUCUGUUUCUGUCAUGGAAGAUCAUCAGCUACAUAUGCAGCUUCCUCAAUGGAGAGAAGGAACCUAUGACAGUGUUGGUGACUGGUGCAGCAGGGCAAAUAGGUUAUGCACUAGUGCCAAUGAUUGCGAAAGGGCUGAUGCUAGGUCCAGAUCAGCCUGUAAUUCUACACAUGCUUGACAUUGAACCUGCUGCUGAGGCCUUGAAAGGGGUCAAAAUGGAGCUCAUUGAUGCUGCCUUCCCUCUUCUCAAGGGUGUUGUGGCCACCACAGACGUUGUUGAAGCUUGUCAAGGGGUAAAUAUAGCCAUCAUGGUUGGUGGCUUCCCCAGGAAGGAUGGAAUGGAGAGGAAGGAUAUGAUGUCCAAAAAUAUCUCCAUUUACAAAGCUCAAGCUUCAGCUUUAGAGCAUCAUGCUAGACCUGAUUGCAAGGUGCUAGUAGUUGCAAACCCAGCCAACACCAAUGCAUUAAUCUUGAAAGAGUUUGCCCCUUCAAUCCCAGAGAAAAACAUCACUUGUCUCACAAGGCUUGAUCACAAUAGGGCACUUGGCCAAAUCUCAGAGAGGCUAAACGUCCCUGUUAGUGAUGUGAAGAAUGUCAUCAUAUGGGGAAAUCACUCUUCAACCCAAUACCCUGAUGUCAACCAUGCCACUGUAACCACCAGUUCUGGAGACAAGCCUGUCAGACAACUCAUCAACAACGAUAAAUGGCUAAAUACCGAGUUCAUCAGCACAGUGCAGCAGCGAGGGGCGGCAAUCAUAAAAGCUAGAAAGAUGUCGAGUGCAUUAUCGGCUGCAAGCUCUGCUUGUGAUCACAUGCGUGACUGGGUUGUUGGCACUCCCAAGGGGAGAUGGGUUUCAAUGGGAGUCUAUUCUGAUGGAUCGUAUGGAAUCCAACCUGGCCUUAUCUACUCUUUUCCUGUUAUUUGUGAGAAAGGAGAAUGGUCCAUUGUGCAGGGGCUGAAGAUUGAUGAGUUUUCAAGGGGAAAGAUGGAUGCCACAGCGAAUGAGCUCAUUGAGGAGAAAUCAUUGGCCUAUUCCUGUCUCUAACUCAUAAAAUAAUUCAACAAAGAUGAUAGAAUCAUGGGCCUAUAAUUGACUUUGUAAUUUGGAUAUGUCAUUUGGCUUUUGGAUGUGUAAUGACUAAUGAACAAAUUUUA